AUGGCUACCAUCGAUACCUUCACAUUCUUCUUAUUCCUCUUCUUCCGUCCUCAAUCACCACCGCCUCGUGUGGUGAAUCGAAAUGCACCCAUGAAGGAAGAGAUUUUUCAGUGGUUUGGUCUCUCAUGCAACGACCAACGUCAAACUAUUCCCACUCUCCCAUUUUCUGAGGACUUCAUAGUCCAAAACAUCAACUACUUGGAUCAAGUUGUAACGAUCAACGACCCCGAUAACUGCCUCCCUAGAUGGUUUUUCCACCGUGACCUCAGUCUUGUAAUCGAUACACCCUUGGUAUACACAUAUGGCCGUCUAAACUACACGUUCCUCACAUGCUCGAUCUAUAACGAAACCUGGUCUGCACCCUUGAUCUAUUGCCUCAGCAGCGAGAAGAACUAUGUCAUUGUUGUGCCAACGAGUUUUUCAUUGCCUCCUGAUCAGGAACCCUACCAUCGGUUUUGCACUGUGAUUUCCACAACUUCAGUUCCAAGACCGUUUGAUUGGCAACAUCUUGACCUUGGCGCUCAGUUGACUUGGCAUACGCCUGAUUGCCGUUUUUGUGAAUCAAGUGGUCAUGUUUGUGGCUCGAAGAACGGCAGAGGUUCAGCAGUUAGUGCUUUGAUUCUUCGAAACCCUGUAUGUUUUAUGAACAACGCUAUACAUAGGAGUCUAUCAAGGGCUGCAAUUUAUUGCAGAAUGAUAAGAGUGGGAAUUUCAGUAUUGUUAAUUGUGGGAGUUGCAAUUCAUGUUCGGGACAAAAAGAGGGCUAGCGAUGAGCCCCGCCAACCCAAUAUGGAAUUGUCCAUCAUAACCGAUCAACAACCUUCAGUACUCACAAUGGGUCUCGAUCGUCCGACCAUCGAAUUGUAUCCCAAGAUUCAACUUGGUGAGAGGUCGGAAUUUCCAAAACAGCUCACCGACAACACAUGCCCAAUAUGUUUGGGUGAGUACCGGCCAAAUGAAACCCUGAGGACUAUACCACAAUGCAACCAUUAUUUCCAUGCUAAUUGCAUAGAUGAAUGGCUUGGAAGGAAUGCAACAUGCCCACUUUGUCGACUUCCGCCCAAAUAA